CUUAUACGCGCGAAGGCGGAGCAAGUAAAGACGCCGUUUGGGAUAAAGAAUUUAAAGCGGUCGGCCGUAAAUAAACGCCCUGAAGUCGCCGGCACCCAUAACGCGUCGUUUUCAACUCUGUGCUGGGAUCUUCCGGUGGCAGUUUUCCAUAAGCAGUGUCCACGAAGCCGUCGUUACUCCCUCACAGCCCCUCCUAAGAGUGAAGGAAGACGGGAUAGUUAGAGGUGAACAAUGUUAAUUCGGCUGAACAAGCCUUCCUCGGAAAGCGGCGGAGGUGUGGUGAAGCCCUUGCCAGUGGAUAGUGUCACUGUUGCAUGUCCUGACCACCUUGUCCUUGCUGAUCUCCCUGUAGCUAAGGGCAUUGGAGCUGCCACUGUUGCUACUGUUGUCAAGACUGUGGGUCGCAGGUCCAGACGCCAGCUCGGUGAACGAGUCCAUUUUUGUGUUCGAUGUGAUUUCCCAAUCGCCAUAUACGGACGCCUGAGCCCCUGCGAGCAUGCCUUCUGUCUUGAUUGUGCUAGAAGUGAUUCAAUCUGCUACCUUUGUGAUGAACGUAUCCAGAAGAUUCAAACAAUCAAAAUGAUGGAGGGAAUCUUUAUCUGUGCAGCCCCUCACUGUCUCAAAUCUUUCUUGAAGAGGGCUGAGUUUGAAUCUCAUAUCCAUGAGAACCAUUCUGACCUUCUACAGCCAAAUUCUGAAAAGGAGAAUGGUAAUGAAUCAGAUGUCCAAAGUUCCAAACAACAUUCAACUUCAGUUUCCACUGUUCGAGCUCCUGCAAGGCCAGUCAUACCUGGUUCAAAUUCUCAGUUUCUUGAUUCUGAAGACAAAGCUCGUAAGCAGCAACCUAGAGAACAAUCGCUUUCUAGGCCAAUGAUGCAACCAAGACCUUUUUUCGGUCAAGCUCAAAAUUACCCAUCAGAAUCCCAGCCAGACAACAACCGCCCUCCAGGCUUUGACCGGCCAGGCUUACAAAAUCAUUUCCAACAAAGCAUGUCAGGUGGCACACAGCAAGAAUCCAACCAGUUUCCAGACAAGCAGCAAGGUAUUUUAUCUGAGGGCCCAAUACCUGAAUACCCACAUAUGCAUCCUAUGCAACCACCCAAUUUUGUUGUACCAAUGAAUUCAAAUCAACUAAUUACUCCUCAAUAUGGGAUUCCACCUUUCCAACCUGAGGGAGGUCAGCCAUUUUUCAGUGCACCCUAUGAGAUGGGACAGAUGGCUAGGCCAGAUUCAACCCCAGAAGUUGGAGCAGAACAAGGAUCUUUGUUGGGUUUCCCACCAGGUCCAGCUGGUGUGAAUUUCAUGGCAAAUUAUCCCCAGCCCUGGAACACUGGACCAAUGCCUGGAGGUCAAGGAGUUCCAGAUGCUUUUGCAAACCUGUCAGAUUCUCGAGGAAAUGCUGCAUUUUAUCAGGGGGAUUACGGACGGAAUCCAGGAGUUAUGCAGAUUCCUCCAUCUGCCAACAAGGGCAUGGAAACUGUGCAGGGUGGUAAUGCCAUGGAUACCAGGGACGGCAAAGGUAUAUUGGCACCACAGCCAUAUGGACAUCCAGCGCCACCUCCACCUCCCUUACCUCACUCGUCACAGCCUACACGAGGUAAAUACUACUCUGGUGAUAUGGGUCAUGAUGGACAAGGAUUUGGAUGGCAGCAUGAGAAUCGUGAUGGCUUUGGAAGCAGCCAGGAAUAGAAGCUGCUGUUUUUUUUUUUUUUUUUUUUUUUUUUUUUUCGG